UGUUGCAUUGGUUCAGAUUUGAUGUUAACCUCCAUAACUGGGCGAGAAGAAUCGCCCGAUGCUCGAAGAGGAGCGAGAGAAGCGUCACUAGAACGAUUCGAACUCUGCAAUAUUUUCAGAGUUCUUCGUACUUGUUCUUGUUGUUGCCUUCUUCUUGCUUUCGUUCUCGUUUUUUUCCAAUGGGUAAUUGCCUCCAAGCUCGCGCUAAGGUCAAUAUCUCUCUCAAAUCGCUCCCUAAUUCUGAAACACCAAAUAAUCAAGAUAGGAAAGGUCAUUCAACUGCUGCUUUGAGAGCUCCAGCACUUGGUGGGAAUACUCCAUCCAGAGGUCUUCAACCUAAAAGAUCUGAAGGUGAAAUAUUGUUGUCUCCAAAUCUGAAAGCCUUCACAUACAGUGAGCUUAAGAAUGCCACGAAAAGCUUCCGCCCCGACACUCUCAUUGGAGAAGGAGGGUUCGGUCAUGUUUACAAAGGAUGGCUCGAUGAACAAACGCUCGAAUCAGUGAAGCCUGGAACUGGAAUGGUUGUUGCUAUCAAGAAGCUUAACUCUGAAGGCUAUCAAGGCCACAAGGAAUGGCUGUCAGAAGUAACUCACCUCAGUCAGCUUCAUCAUCCAAAUCUCGUUAAACUAAUCGGAUUCUGCCUCGAUGGGGAGAGCCGACUUCUCGUCUAUGAGUACAUGUCCAAAGGCAGCCUCGAAAAUCAUCUAUUCAGAAUGGGUGCACGACCACUUUCUUGGGCAAUAAGGAUCAAAGUUGCCAUCGGAGCUGCUCGAGGGCUUUCCUUUCUGCACAACUCCGCAGAGCCAGUUAUCUAUCGCGAUUUCAAGGCUUCGAACAUCCUCUUAGAUUCUGAAUUCAAUGCAAAGCUUUCGGACUUUGGUUUGGCGAAAGCAGGCCCAACUGGUGAUCGGAGUCAUGUGUCCACUCGGGUCAUUGGUACUCAAGGCUAUGCUGCUCCAGAAUACAUUGCCACCGGUAUGCUAACAGCCAAGUGUGAUGUGUAUAGCUUUGGGGUCGUGCUACUAGAGCUCCUCUCGGGAAGACGUGUUGUAGAUAAAACUAAAGUCGGCGUCGAACAGCAUCUUGUGGAUUGGGCAAGACCUUAUCUAGCCGAUAAGCGCAAGUUAUUUCGGAUAAUGGACACCAGGUUGGAGGGGAAAUACCCACAAAAAGCUGCUUACAUGACUACAAUCCUUGCGUUGCAGUGCAUUCGGGAGGCAAAAUUCCGACCACUGAUGUCGGAAGUUUUAUAUGCUCUGGAACAGCUCCUCCUGGUUAAGCCCACCGAUAACCAAAGAGCAAGCAGUCCAGGACCGAAGUCCCCAGUAACACAUAAUUUACCUUCACCUGUAAAUUCCACAACACAGAAAGGGAGCUCUCCAUUACCAUCCAUAUGAAACCCCAAAGGACAUGUUGCAGAGAUAUUACCUUUACAAAGUAAGGAUGGAAAUAAUGAGUAGCAUCAGCCAUUUAAGAGCGUUGCUUUAGUUGGCCGUUUAUCCCGAGGGAUUUGCAUUGGGAGUUAGAGUCGUGAUAAGGAAGAGGACAUAAAUGAAUCAAAUACGAAAGGACAUGACAAGGAUUUCAAGCUAAGAUGUCACGAUUUACGUCAACAUUCCUUCUCGAACCCAAUAAUGGUCUAUGCCGCACCAUUCCCAUGGUGGUCGAGCUCAUGCUCAUUUUGGGAAAUCAUCGGGUUGAGAGUCGACAAAACUGAUGGGGUUAUGAGUGAUUUGUGUUAUUUGUCUGUAUGAGAUAUCACUUAGCUCCAAGUUUAAUGCAGUUCGUAUACCUUGUUUACAUGUUCACCAUCAAGAAUGUACUCGGAAAUGGCUCGAAUUCAGCAACCUUUGCCUGUUGCAUCGGUUUCAGAUGCCGAGCAAUUCAUUUCCUUUUUCAGGAACAAAAUAUUGAACAAACAUCUCAGUUUCUACA